UUUAUCAACCAGGACCGCAAACAUUUGAUUUCAUUUGUUUUUUUCUUUAAAUAUUAAAUUUAUUUAAACAUGAAUUCAACUCCUCCUUCUAUUUGCCACGAAGAUAUUUAUAAUUUCCCCUUUCCAUACAAACUAUGGAUCGCAGUACACUCGGUGACAUGCGAAUUCAUCAAAUGGAACAUUGACGGAACUCAAAUUCAAGUCCAUCUCAUGGCAUUGGACAAUUAUCUCAAUCGACCAAAGUCAAUAUUCAAGGUCAAAAGUCGUUCUUCAUUUGUGACUUAUUUGCGUAGCUAUGCUUUUCAACUGAACAAAACAGAAGUUGUAGAUAGUCAAGAGGCUACUCCACAAGAAUCUUCGGCAUCUGUUUCUGUUGAAUUCGAAGCUCCAAAAUACAGUGAAGUUGUGAUGCACUUCAGUCACGAGCACUUCCUCCGUCAUCGAAUUGAUUUAUUGGCUAGAAUAAGGAAAACCAAUGACAUCAAUGCGAUUGCUGUAGGUGAAGAGAAACCAACUUCCUCCUCUGUGAAUAAUGGUGCUAAUGGCUCAGAAGAAGAUUUAUGCUAUAGGUGCAUUGGCUCCAGUUCCCAAUUGUUCAGAGCACAUUUGAAACAUCAAUUGAUAUUGCAUUUCUUAUCAGAAACUAAAGCUUUACAGAUCAAACUUAAAGCAUCGGAAAUGAAAGCAAUGGCCAAGGAGAACAUAGAAGGCAAUGAGGAGGAUUCAGUGAUCGAAUUGUCAGCCGAAUUAUUUGAAAACCCACAUGAUAGUGUUUUGUAUAUGGGCGAUGAACAUCGAACUGCUUAUGCGGGCUUUUAUGGUAACUGCACCAACGAACAAGUUUUCAAUUUUUUCGGACCUUAUUUGCCAAUGUAUGAAAGUGAGAACAAUGAUGAGGGGGAAAAGCAGAUUGCUAAUUUAUGUCCUACAGAAAAACCACCAUCACCGCCAAAUGGUUUUGAAGUAAAAACUAUGUCUAACGAAGAACCAGCAAUACCAGUUGAAAGUAUUACACAGCAGAACAGCCCCAUCUCUGUGUCAUUUACAACAGUAGUUGAUCUUCCAUCGAUACAGCAAAAUGUUACUUUAACUUCGUCACUUGAACCGAUUUUCAUACCAGAUGAAGACAAAAAUGAAGACAUUUCAAUGGAUGAAUUCAUAAAAUUCAAAGAACAAUCUGAAAAUCAAGAAUUGAAUGAGCCCAUCGAAGAGCAACCGAAAGUUAAAAUGGAAGGAAACAGCUGCAUUACACAAAAUAAUCAGGAAAAUGAAGAUAAUUUUAAAAGCUUCUUCAGUCAUUACCGAGAGUCACUUAGUUUGUUGUAUGAGAAACAAUAAUUUCUUGAUCUUAAUUUUGUUUGUAUUUUAUUUUUAAUUUAUUGAAGUAACAUUGUUCCUGUUUUUUUAUUUGCUUUCUUAUUUUUGUUUUCGUUAAAUGUACAAACAUGACAUCAGUCUGCAGCGUGGUAGAAGAAGAUUCUGAUGUGCCUCAUUAUUAUUAUCGCCUCGUAGAUUCAAUAUAUAUUUAAAUAUAAAUAUUCAUUGAUGUUGAGUA